CAGAGAGAAAGUCUCAACCGGAAAGGAGGAAUUGACCCGAAAUUGACCCUGGUAGAAUGUCGUGGGUGCGACAAGCACGCCAGCUCGGGACGAGCAGAACAAACAAGCGACCCAAAACUUCCCCUUUGCUGCCGAACGCAAGGUAAACUACGCCCACGUAAGCAACUAGAAUUUUGUCCUUUUCUCGUGGGGACCUUACAAUGCACUAGACCAGAAAUUCUGGAAAUGUCAUUGAGGACACCAAAGCUGAACUUGUAGGAAGCAUGGGUCGCCCUCGGAUCUGCGGCCGUCCAAAGUACCCACAUCAUACAGGAACCAGCUACAUUGCAAUUAGCGGGAGGACCACCGGGCCUGGAAAUCGGACCAAGGGAAAUGAACGUAAGGAGAACUCCUCGACGGUUAGUAACUCGGUCGCGCAUGCCGCCUACCCGUCACGUGACGAUUCUGGGCAGCAAGUGCUUCUUGUGUUUCCCCACCUAUUUUUUUUUGGCGAGAAAGGGGAGCGUCCAUUAGUGCAGGUGUGGGAGCGAAUGAGGCAGCGGGACAGCAGCCAACAAGCACCAAUGCACAAAUGCUGGGAUCCGCAAUUGAUGCCCGGAGUUGGCAACUGGCGCCGCCGCACCAAUGUCCGAUUCCAGAUAAGCGAAGCGUUUCAGUAUCAGAUUUCUCAAUUCAAGUAUGUACGGUACUUCGGAUCCUUAGAAUACUACUAUUCCAUAAAAACCCUUGAGAAAAAAAGGAAAGGGAAAAACUUUCCCUGUACGGAAGUCUUUUCCUUUUGCCACGUGAGGGAUGCCUACAUGGCGGAUACCACGUGACACUCCCCGGAAUGAUGUAAUUAGGGACUUCACUAUUCAUCAUUCGUCUCAGUUGAUCUCGCCAUGACUUUUAGGGCUUGGAUAUCGCGAUCACUCUGAUCGCAUACCUCUUGUCG